CAGGCCCGCCCAGCCCGCCGGCGCCUGAUUGGCUGCCACUGCUGCUUACGCGUCGCGCUUCCUCGUCUGCCCCUCGUGCUCUGGGGAGUCGCUCUCUUUUUCCCUCGGCAGAGAAGAGGCGAUGGCGGCGCUGGCAUCUAUCGGCGCCCUGGCGCUACUCCUGCUGUCCAGCCUCUCCUGCUGCUCAGAAGCCUGCGUGGAGCCCCAGAUCACCCCUUCCUACUACACCACCUCGGAUGCCGUCAUUUCCACUGAGACUGUUUUCAUCGUGGAGAUCUCCCUGACGUGCAAGAACAGGGUCCAGGUGCGAAAAUGCCAUGGGGGCUGCUGUGGGCAGCACAGUGGGGCUUCUGCUGAGCGCCAGAGAAGGGAGAAGGUGACUGUCUGUUCCCUCUCCCAGAACAUGGCUCUUUAUGCUGAUGUCAGUGGAAAACAAUUUCCUGUCACCCGGGGCCAGGAUGUGGGGCGUUAUCAGGUGUCCUGGAGCCUAGACCACAAGAGCGCCCACGCAGGUACCUACGAGGUCAGAUUCUUUGAUGAGGAGUCCUACAGCCUCCUGAGGAAGGCUCAGAGAAAUAAUGAGGACAUUUCCGUCAUCCCGCCCCUGUUCACAGUCAGUGUGGACCAUCGGGGCACCUGGAACGGGCCCUGGGUCUCUACCGAGGUGUUGGCUGCAGCCAUCGGCCUAGUGAUCUACUACCUGGCCUUCAGCGCCAAGAGUCACAUCCAGGCCUGAAGGUGGCACCCCUGGGCUAUUGCUACUUUCAAUAAACAGUUGCUGGCUAUAACCAGUAUUCAGGACAGGGGGUCCUGACUCGCA